AUGGCGAGGACGAGCGAGUGCCUCGGCCUCUGCGCCGUGCGCCACCUGUCGCUGGCCUCGGGGCGGCCCCCCGCGGAGAGGGCGCGCAUCGGGCGCCUGUACGAGGCGCUGCCCCUCGGCGGCCCCUGCCAGCUGGAGCUGGUCCUCUCGCGCGUGGUCCGGCGCAGCACCGCCGAGCAGCUCAGGAGCCUCGGCC